UAUGGAUUGCAUGGAUAAUACUAAGAAGGGUGUUAAGGUUUCAGACAAUUCUGAAAUAAUAUCCAAUGGUAAAACUGAAACGAUGCUUUGUAAUAAUGUUAAAGAGAAAUAUGAUAUAGUAGGCUCGAAGAGUUCUUUAUUAUUAGAGGAAAGAAAGAGUAAUGCAACUUUUGAACGUUUCUUGCAAAGUGUUAUAUCGAAAUUCAACGAGGAAACUUCUGAUAAUACAAGUCUAUCGCAGUUAAAUUUGAAGAUAGGCUUUAUUGGUGCCGGAAAAAUGGCUCAAGCCAUUUGUAAAGGCUUCAUAAUAUCAAAAUUAAUUAAAGCUGAAAAUGUUUCGGCUUCGUCAACAGGAAUGAACACCUCAAAUGUUGAGUCCAUGAAAAACAUUGGUGUCAGAAUGGCUAACUCAAAUGCUGAUGUUAUGCACUCGUCUGAUAUUAUUAUAAUAGCAGUUAAACCUCAUAUAGUUUCAACGGUUCUUCAAGAAAUUAACUGCAUAGAAAUGAAAAGUAAACUUUUUGUAUCUGUGGCAGCAGGCAUAACACUGGAGAAGAUUGAAGAAUUGCUACCCAAAAAUACUCGAGCUAUUCGUGUAAUGCCAAACACACCAUGUUUGGUUCAAUGUGGGGCCAGUGUUUGUUCACCUGGUAGUUCUGCCACAAAAGAAGAUUGUGACAUGAUAGUGAAACUCAUGUCAUCAAUAGGUAUUUGCCAUGUUGCACCCGAGAGACUUUUGAAUGGUGUAACUGGUUUAAGUGGUUCAGGACCAGCGUACGUUUUCCAAAUGGUAGAAGCUAUGUCCGACGGGGGAGUGAAACAAGGAUUACCUAGAGAUCUCGCUACAAAAUUAGCUGCUCAGACAUUAAUGGGUGCGGCGAAAAUGGUCUUAGAGACAGGCCUACAUCCUGGAGCUUUGAAAGAUGCUGUCACUUCACCAGGAGGUACUACAAUAUCUGGCCUCCAUGAGUUGGAAAAAGGUGGACUUAGAGCAGCGUUAAUGUGCGCCGUUGAAGCAGCUGCGAAGAGAGCUAGUGAACUAAGUCAUAGUUAA